CCCACCGGCGCGGGACGCGAGGAUGCGGCCGAGCGCGUAGGGGCUGUGCCAUGCCCGGCGCACCCCGCCUCUGCCCCGGCAAUGGACCAGGUUUCUUCUGUGGGCACUGGACUUCCAGCUACCUAUGCCUAUUGCCUGUGAUGGAAGAACUUGAUGUUAAUGUGAGUUCCAGUGAGAGGUUCAACGUGGCAGAGAAGAUUGCACUGCUAACUUUUAUCUCAGCAGUCAUACUCAUGGCUAUCCUGGGGAACUUGCUGGUGAUGGUGGCUGUAUGCAGAGACAGGCAGCUCAGGAAAAUCAAGACCAACUAUUUUAUUGUCUCACUUGCCUUCGCGGACCUGCUGGUUUCAGUGGUGGUGAUGCCAUUUGGAGCUAUUGAACUGGUUGAGAAUAACUGGAUUUAUGGAGAGAUGUUCUGCCUGGUUCGAACAUCUCUAGAUGUCCUCCUCACCACAGCAUCAAUCCUUCACCUCUGCUGUAUUUCAUUAGACAGGUACUAUGCCAUCUGUUGCCAGCCUCUGGUUUACAGGAAUAAGAUGACGCCAAUACGCAUUGCUGUAAUGCUUGGAGGGUGCUGGGUAAUCCCGACAUUUAUUUCUUUUCUCCCCAUAAUGCAAGGCUGGAAUAGCAUUGGCAUAAUAGACUUGAUACAACAAAGGCAGUUCAACAAGGCUUCCAACUCAACCUACUGCGUAUUCAUGGUCAACAAGCCGUAUGCCAUUACCUGCUCAGUGGUGGCCUUCUACAUUCCCUUCCUCCUGAUGGUGCUGGCCUACUAUCGGAUCUACAUCACAGCCAGGGAGCAUGCCCGCCAGAUCCGGAUCCUCCAGCGUGCAGGAGCUCCCACAGAUGGGAGGCAGCACCAUCCUGACCAGCAUAGUACCCAUCGUAUGAAGACUGAGACCAAAGCUGCCAAAACCCUGUGUAUCAUCAUGGGGUGCUUCUGCCUAUGCUGGGCUCCCUUCUUUAUUACAAACAUAGUGGACCCUUUCAUAAACUACACUGUGCCCGAGCAGCUGUGGACAGCUUUCCUGUGGUUGGGCUACAUCAAUUCAGGGUUGAACCCUUUCCUGUACGCCUUCUUGAACAAAUCUUUCAGACGUGCCUUCCUCAUCAUUCUGUGUUGUGGUGAUGAACGAUAUCGAAGGCCUUCCAUCUUGGGUCCAGCCGUCCCCUGUUCUACCACCACUAUAAAUGGAUCAACACAUGUGCUAAGUGGCUGUUCCUCUAUCUCCAAGUUCCUCCUGCUGUUCUGCAAUAGACCAGUUCCUGUCUAACCAUGAACAUGCUCUGUAUACAGUUUUACACAAUGGGCAUCAUCAGGAACAUGAGAAGCUUCCCAUCCACAAUGACCCAGAAUCCCAGGAGUCCUGUUUCUAACCAAGAUCCUGGAAGAGAACAAUCCACCUUCAGGACUAGAAGGUGCUUGGGCUGUAGUACUUUAAUACAAACUCAUUCAUCUUCAUUUUCAUGGUGCCUCUUGUAUGGAUCUGAGAUGAAUGCCCAGCCUCAUGAAUAUGGAGACUCAUGAGGCACAGGAGGGGAUGUAAUGAACAGGAUGAUUGAGGAGACCUCUCGGCUGCUGCAGAAGAAUGUCUGGACCGUGUUAUCAGAGCAGGACCAUAUCUGCAGUGCUUUACAGGGGAAUGCAGAUGUACUUCACUGUAUACAGAUAACACCCACGCAAACCACGCUCAAAAACAGAGUGCUAUUUUUUCCUCCGCUGCCAUCUUUGCACAGGCCACCUCCUUGUUUUUUGACAAUGAUAUUGUGAUCUUAUAAUUUCAAAAUUUGACUUGAAAACCUAACAUGAAACCAUGGUAAAUUCUUCCUUUAUCUUUUUAAGGUCACACCCACAUAUUAUGGUGCUAUCAGGAGAGGUAGCACUUCCGUAUUCUUUAUUAAAAUGUGAGGGUUUUUUUAUAUGCUUUAUUUGUGUGAUGUCAGCAUGAACUGCUGAUUUCCGCCCAUCCCAUGAAGUCUUGUUCUGUAGAUGCUUUUUAAUAAGUCUCUUCAACCAAGAUCUCUGUUGGAAGAUUCAUGGAGCAAAAGCAGCCCAUGAAGAUCUGAAACAAGCCCCACAGAGAUGUACUAUAUUUGGUAAGGAUAUAUGGCCCACAGGGACUGUGCAAGUCCCUGCAAAUGCUAUUUCAUCUUGAGCUAAGUGGCCAGAAGACAGCAGUCAUGUUCUGUUCUAUUUCCUGCAAUUAGAUGUGGGUCCCAAUCUCCUGGCAAGUCAUCAGUGCAGUCCUUAUUUGGGCAAACUUUGGGCGCUCCUACUGUAAAAGAAGGUUGGUGAAGAGAUUGGAGAAUAUCAAUCUGUAAUUGAUCACUAAGUGCCAUCUUGAUAAAUGUGUGUCAUCUAAAGAGCUUUUCUACCUAAAGCUGUAAGAAUAAAUCCCAUUUGCAUGAUUUUUUUUGGAUUCCUUCCAGCUCUGAGACUUAUUUAAGAAGUUUUAGAACUUUCAACUAUUGCUGUACACACUUGUCCCCUUACAAAAAUCUCAGUUCCUAGGUACUUCCUGCAUGCAUAUGUUACUAUGUUUCCUGUAAGAAGAUUCCUCCUUUGCAUGUGAAUGACACGCAUGGCUGUAGAGCUAGGGACCUUGGGAGUCUGAUUUUAAUUGAGGGGGAAAUGUGCAGGUUCAAGACUGUGAACCUGUAACCUCUUGGAUGAAGAUGUACCCCAAAGAUGACAGCCACAACGUGCAAAACAGAACUGUAUUUUGUUACAUUGUGUUAUCAUGUACAGAUUUUUUAAUGUAAAGAAAAAAAGUUGACAUUAUUUAUUAUUAUUUUUUAAAAAGGAAUUAAGUGUUUCUCCAUUAAAAGCUUCUAAAUGUGGGAGCUUAACAC